AUGGCCGACAUCACCGUGCCAGACGAGGACGGCGCACAGGGCAUUGGCGGCGCUUUUGUCACGAUGGCCUACACGGCCGGCGCUCAUCUUUUCGUCGGCGACCGGGACAUGGAGAAGGGCGACGCCCUGGCCGCGUCGCUGCGUGCCGACUCUGCGGCCUCGGCGACGGCUGGGUCGAAACGAAGGCGAGUGUCGGCGAGAAUACAAAGUAGGGAGAGGUAG